AUGUCAAGAUCGGUCUUAAGGCUGCUUUUUAGCAGCGCCGUCGUCCUCGGGGCAGCAGUACAAGAAUUCACUGGAGCUACAUAUCUAGCCAACGGCACAAUCCUCGAAGGAGCCAGCGCCAUACAAUUUUCCACAGCAAACACGGGUUCCUGCGACAUCUUCAAGACGCCGUUCCGAGAAGCUGCCGAAAGCUGCAAGAGAUACGCCGAAGGAACUCUUGAUUAUCUGACGCGGCGUCCUGAAGGUGAUCUCUUGCAAUACUUUCUUAGGACCGACUUGGCUGCGCGCGAACAGAUCAAGGAGCUUUACACAAAGAUUGGCCAGCGCUGCGGCCAGGCGAACCCGCUUGAGGGCAUCGAGUUAGCAUGUCACGAGCCGCGCUGCGAUACCCUUCCGAUCCUUUAUUCUAUUGUGCAAAACUCCCAGACCAAAGAUGUAUCUAUCCUCGUGUGCCCCAACUUUUGGGCCUCGUUUGACAUCCACUCACCGUACAAGACCUUGUGCCAGCUCAGCGGCCGUCGACAGGCGCCCCCAAUCAGCGCAAACUUUUUAGAAAUGGUGGCAUGGUCAAAGGAAAUAGGAGCAAUGGACCCCUUUGAGGGAGGAUCUCUCAGUCGUGGACAUGGCUCUUGGGCAGGAUAUGCUCAUGAGUAUGCUCAUUACUGCGAGAAUCUUGGUGAAUAGAUGGCCG